AUGCCGAAGAUUAGGCGACCUUCGCAUGCAAGCUCCUGGUACCAAGGAGAUGCGGAUGCGCUGAACGCCGAGAUCGACAACUGGAAGGCCGCAGUGCAGACCGAGCCCCGCGUUUCACCUCGCGCCAUCAUUGGCCCGCACGCGGGCUACUCGUACUGCGGACACGUCAUGGCCUACGCCUACAAGCACAUUGACGCGAACAAAUUCACGCGUGUCUUCCUGCUUGGACCCUCCCACCACGUCUUCACACGCAAGUGCAUGUUGUCUUCGCAGAGCUUGUACGACACGCCGCUAGGGUCAAUGGAGAUCGAUCAGGAGGUUUACGGGCAGCUCAAGGCCACCGGGCAGUUCGAGGUCAUGAGCCGGGACGUAGACGAGGCCGAGCACAGCUUAGAGCUUCACACGCCGUACAUUGUACACACAAUGCGGGGACAGUCGUACAAGCUGGUGCCCAUCAUGGUGGGCGCGCUAACUGCCGAGGGGGAGGCGCUGUACGGCAAACUGCUGGGGCCGUACUUGGACGACCCAUCCAAUCUGUUUGUGGUGUCCAGCGAUUUUUGUCACUGGGGUUCCCGAUUCAGCUACACCUACUACAACCGGGAGCAGGGCCAGAUCUGGCAAUCCAUCAAAUGGCUGGACGAGCUGGGAAUUCAAGCUAUUGAGGGGGGCAAUCCCGCUGACUUCACCGCCUACCUGGAGCAGUACCGCAACACCAUUUGUGGGCGGCAUCCCAUCGGGGUCUUCCUUAAUAUGCUGCAACACAGCAAACUUCGUCAUAAGAUCAAGUUUACCAAGUACGACCAAUCCAGUAAAUGUACGUCACAAUCCCACUCGAGCGUGAGCUACGCGGCGGCAAUAGUUACGGUGGUGGAGGACGAGUGA